AUGACUUUUAGCCCAACUACCGCAAUCGUCAACAACGAGAACUGCGACCUCCACUACUGGUACCAAGGCAAGGGUCCACUCAUAGUCUUCAUCCCUGGCGGUAACGGCCAUGGUCGUCAAUUCAAUCCCAUCAUCGCCGCCCUGUCGGACAAGUACACCUGCGCUACCUUUGAUCGGCGCCAGAUGUCCGCCAGCCAGGUAAAGGUCAGUAAGCGCUUGAGUCUCCCACAGCAGGCGCGCGACGUCCGCGCCGUUAUCAACGUUCUCGGUUUCGACAAGGCAAUCCUUUUCGGCAGCAGUGGUGGCGGCAUCAUCUCGUUCCAGUUUGCUCUGGACUUUCCCGACAUGGUUGAACACAUCAUUGCACAUGAAGCGCCGACGUGGCCCUUGCUACCGGACGCGACUGAGGCGUACGAGUUUAUCUACCGCUGCCAGGAGUUAUACGAGGCAGAGGGAGUAGAUGCAGCAGCAGCCUUGUUCCAGACAAAGCUCUACGGAUACGAUGACGAGGGCGUGCCGAAGCCGAUGAAGCCCGAGCCGGAAAACCCCAAGAACUUCUGGGCGCACGAGUCUCUCGCAUUUACAAUGUAUGUGCCCAACCUUCUUCGGAUCAAGGAGAACGGGACGAGUAUUGGGGUGAUGAGGGCCGUUAGGAGUCGGGACGCGUGGUAUGCGAGGGCGACGAACGAGCAGGCGAAGCUCUUGGAUUGUCCGCACUUUGAUGUGCCUGGUCACCACGAGGGAUUCCAAGUCGAGUUGGAGGCGUUCCUGCCGUACUUUUUCAACAUGUUGGACGCUCUCGAGAAGAAGUGUAGCGAGCGCUCUCAGCGAUAG